AUGGUUUAUUUAAUACUCGCAGGCUCGCUGUGCGGACUCUCCGACGGCAUUUUCUUAUCAUGGUCAUCGCCGUUCAUAGUCCAAAUUACGCAAGAUAAAGAAAACUACGAUAUCAGCACAGAGGAAGCCUCGUACUUCACCACAAUUCCCUGGAUCGGAUUCAUAAUCGGAUGCCCAGUUUUCGCUUUUCUAGCGGAUAAAAUCGGGCGAAAGAGAACGUACUUUUUCACAGCGCUCCUGCACCUGCUAGCCUAUCUUUUCGCCGCCUUCGCCAGCGACAUCUACUUGUUCUACACGUCCAGGAUAUGCUUUGGUCUGGCCAGCUCCUGUUACUACGCCGUGUUUCCCAUUUACAUCGGGGAAAUCGCCAAUCCCGAGGUCAGAGGCAGGUGGGGCAACGCGGUGGCUUCUUCAAUUUACUUGGGUGGACUUCUCGUGAAUAUAUUAGGUAGCUAUUUAAACGUCAGCUGGACGUCGUACGUUUGUAUACCGUUACCGUUAUUAUUCCUGUUGCUCUUCAACGCCAUGCCGGAAUCUCCCUACUAUUUGGUAAUGAAAGGAUACGAAGACGAAGCAAAGCAGGCGUUGAGGUUCUUCACACGCAAAACCGACGUGGACAACGACUAUUUCAUUCUCAAAAUGGACGUGGAGAGGCAACUGUCUGAAUCAGGGACUUUCCGAGAUCUCUUCACAAUCGAUAGUAAUAGAAGGGCAUUGAUAGCGGGAGUGUUCCUAAGGGUAUCCCAGAUAUCGUCAGGGCUCAUGAUUGUAUUUAUGUUUACCCAAUCGAUCUUCCAGAUAUCCGGCUCUGAGAUCGAUCACGGAUUGUUGUCGAUUAUUUUAAUGGCGGCUAAUUUCGGUUUGAAUUUGUUGGUGUUGGUGUUUAUAGUUCACCGGUUUAGUAGGAAAAAAUUGUUCGUAAUAUCGUCUUCCCAUGCCGGCAUUGUUAUGUUCCUGUUGGAGAACCUUAGGACAGGCGACGUCAGUUUCACAGCCCGGAUGCCGGCCACAAAAACCACAGGAGCUGCGAAGUGA